AACUUUAUUCUACAGGCUUAUCCCAAAGAUGGGACGACUCAUCAUUUAGUUAAUUUUCUCUUCCUUUUGCUUCAGCUGCGUGUUGUGUCCCAGGAUGUAAAAUUCAGUCCUAGUGACCUUGAAGAGCUUUAUGAAUUAUUCAAGAAGGAGCACUUUCUUUCCUGUUAUUGGAAUGUAAACAGUCCUGCCUUGCAACACCAUGAUGCCAGUCUGCCAUAUUUGGACCAGUAUCGGAUUGAUUGCCAGCAAUUCAGGGUUCUCUGUCAUCUCCUGAGUCCAUGGUCACAUUGUGCAAACAGAGACUCACUUGCAGUGUGGAUAUUCAGACUUAUGGAUGAGAACUCCGACUGCCUUAUAAAUUUCAAACAAUUUGCCUGUGUUCUUGAUACCAUGUAUAAUGGAAGUUUCACUGAGAAACUCAAGCUGCUUUUUAAGUUACACAUCCCUCCAGGUAAGUGAGAAACACUGGUGUUUAGGGAGGGCUAUUUCUGUCUUUUAAAAUCUUUGUGUGAUUUUU